AUGGAGUUAUUCAACUCAGCUCUUGGGAAAAAUAUAACUUUUGUACAUCCUGCAUUUUUCAUCAUAGGUGGUUUAACUGGAAUCCCAAGCAUAACAUUUUACUAUGUCUUCCUAUUUUUUGUUUAUAUUGUUUCUGUGGUGGGAAACACAGUUGUGAUGGCUGUAAUAUGCUUGGAUCAUAAUCUGAGAACUCCAAAGUAUAUUGCAGUUUUUAACCUUGCAUUUGUGGACCUGUUUGGUAACACUGCCCUGGUGCCAAAGGUUCUUGACAUUUUUCUGUUUGGGCACUACUAUAUCCCCUACAACAAUUGUUUAACAUUCCUGUUUUUCUGCUACACUUGUCUAUCACUGCAGUCAUUUAAUCUGGUGGCACUCUCAUAUGACAGAAUGGUGGCCAUCAUCUUUCCACUCCACUAUCAAGUAAAGGUGACCCACAGGUUCAUGUUUUCUUUGAUUGCCUCUCUUUGGGUUUUUACUAUUAUUGCUGUACUAAUUGCAGUUGGACUACUUACAAGACUUUCUUUCUGUAAGUCUGUGGUUAUUAAUAGUUAUUUUUGUGACCAUGGUCAGAUAUACCGACUUGCUUGCAAUGACCAUUUCCCCAGCUAUGUCAUUGCUUGCUUGUACCCAGUGAUUAUAUUUUGGCUUCCUCUAGCUUUUAUCCUGUUAAGUUACCUUUAUAUUGGUUAUACGCUGGUUAAAGUUGCCACACUUCAAGAAGGACUCAAGGCUUUUAAAACAUGCAUUGGCCAUCUUUCAUUAGUGGCAAUCUAUUUUAUUCCACUGUUAACUACGUUUACUUUGAUGGAAAAAAUACAACCAAAUGCUAGGAUCAUAAACCUGUCUUUGACUUCUGUCUUCCCUCCCAUGUUGAACCCAAUAAUUUAUGUUCUGCAAACACAAGAAAUAAAAGAAUCUUUAAAAAAGUUAUUAAAAAGGCGAGGAAAAUCCAAAAUAAUAAUUAAAUAUUAA